AUGCUCAACUUAUUGAUAUACACUCUCUGCAUGAGUGAGUGGAUUGGUGGGCUUCCGUCCGCUUGCUUGCUGGCCUCUUCUUUUUGCUUCCUUUUUCUUGCAUCCGGAGAAGAAUUGGUUGAUAUAUUUAAUACUUCCGACGUGGUCGAAGUAUUAUAUUGCUCUCCUUGUCUCUUUGUCUCCUGCUUUCUUGCUCUACUAUAUAUCCUGCGUAUAUACGGGUGUAUAUACGGCUGCAAACAGAACAGUUUCUCCCCUUUCUGUUUGCUGUCUGUUCUUGUCUUGCUUAUAAUCCCUCUAUCCCUCGUUCGAAACUCGUUGUCCCACCAGGCAUUCGUUUGCUCGGUCAUACAUAUAUCAACCAUUCCCUCCGAGAAACUCACUCCACACUCCCUAUACUCAACGCUGGUCAUAAUCUAA